UUGAUAGACGAGGUUUCUUCCGAUCCGAGACUAGAAGCCUGAAAGUCCCAAACUUCUGCUGUUGCUCUUUCUUUGGGAAACGCCAUAAUGAAGCUGCUUCUCAACAGCCUCCUUCAGCUCUGGCCUCGAGGAUCUGUUUCGCUUCUGCCACAAACCAUGUCUGAGAAAUUUGGGGGGAAAUACCAAAGUGUAACCUUGAAUCAUGUAUACCACACAAAAGGAGACAACACCAAGCCAACUGAGCGGUAUCCAAUGCCCAAUAAGAAAGACCUUCCACAUGAUAUAAUAGAACACCUGGAAGAAGCAGAAGUGAGGAAUGGGUUUUUGCCCAAUGUGUUUAAAGUGAUGGCUAAUCGACCAGAAGAAUUUAGGGUAUUCUUUGCCUAUCACGAUGUCAUCAUGCACAAGAAAACAGGAAAGCUAAGUAUGGCUGACAAAGAGCUCAUUGCUGUGGCUGUGAGUAUUGUAAACCACACUCCCUACUGUGUAACUGUACAUAGUGCCUCACAUCGGAAGUACUCCAAGAAACCAACUUUAACAGAUCAGGUGGUUGUGAAUUGGAAACAGGCUGAUCUAAGUGAUCGGGAAGUGGCCAUGCUUGAGUUUGCCCUUGCUGUCUGCAGAGCAGAUAAUAUAACAGAAGAGCACUUUCAAAAACUGGAGGUACAUGGAUUUGACCGAGAAGAUGCUUGGGACAUAGGCUCCAUUUCAGCCUUUUUUGCCAUGGCAAAUCGCAUAGCUCUCUUCACAGAUAUGCGUCCCAACCCGGAAUACUAUAACAUGGAUAGACAAGAGGACAAGGUCCAAUCUUCCAAAUAAAGUUUGCUGGUAUUUACAAGAAUAUUUGCUCCUCAGUGCUACGGCUACGUCUGGAUAAUCCAACAGGACCACUUUCCAUUACAUGCAGUACUGUACUUUUAAAGUACUCUAUUUGGUUGAUGUAGGGUUAAGGUUGCUUACUUUCAAGUGUAAUUAAAAUAUAUUUGAACAUUUAUGGUAAUCCUUGCUAAAAACCAUCUAAGCCAGGGGAUUUCCCAUUUUCAAAAUGUUGAAGUCUGCUAUUCUGUUUCUGUAAAUGAUGAACCUAUGUAUUGAAUAUCUUAUGCAAUGGUGACAAAUAUCUGUAGCUCAAGUGUAGGAUGACACUCACCUGACAUGUCCUCCACAUUACAAGACCUACUGACUACACAAAGCCCUUAUAAGCAGAAGAACCAACAUUGACAUCCCGCAAAUUCUGCUCAAGAUGUUACCUAGCUUACUAAGGAAACAUUCAGAAACCAAGCCACAAGCUUGGAGAAAAACCUCCACUCUCAAACAUAUAUACAUCAACUUACAACCAUUUGUUUAAUGACCAUUCAAAGUUACAACAG